AUGGCGAGGUAUUGCCUCACUAACAACAACAAUUCUGUGGAGUCGCACAGCUCAAUCCAGUACAAGGACAGGCUGUAUAACUCAGCAUCUCAAGCUUUGGAGGACUAUAUUAAAGAUUACAAUAUCAGCCUUGUGUCUCCAGAAAUAAAACCCGGAAAAAUCUGCGUUAACCAGAGCACUCCUAGAGACUUAGAGCCUUCCAAGGAUUGUUUCCAGCAAAAAGAUGCUCGUGAGAACUUUAAACAGCAGGCAAUAAAACAUCCUGUUUCUCCACGUUUGAGAAGGAAAUCUACUUGUGACCACGACAUGCUCAGUCUCACCACGGAUGAUCUUCUGGCCUUUCCUCCUGACGGUUCUCUGUCUUUUAACCAAGUCGCUGCCUUACAGCCGGCACGUCAGAAUAACAAAUCAAAGAGGAAAUCCCAGAUUUCUGCUUCUCGUGUUUGUUACCAGACCUCAUCUUUUGGCAGCGAAGGAAAAAUGAGCUUUCCAGGAGAUCCGGUAAUUUCCUCUUCAUACGGAGACUUUAGCAGAAAGUCCGCACGAUGUACGUUUCACAAAUACGAUUCUAACGCUUCCGGGCAUUCGCUGCGGAACCGCUUGGCUAAGCAGGAGGAGUCAGGGCCCAGUUUUCAUAAGAACUAUCCAAGGUGGCUUACAAGUCAAAAAUCCGACUUGAGUUUUUCGGGGAUAAGCAGCCUUCCAGAUUUCAAGUAUCCAGCUUGGCUUGACAGCCAUAACCUCUUGCCAAAUUCUGUGAAUGAAAGUUUUCCCCAGACUGGCGAUGUGGAAAGCGAUUCUUCCCGUUGGCAAGGGAGCCCGAAGCUGACCAGCGGACAAAAUCUUGGCGGAUCAAAGAACUCUAGACCUUCUGAACGCAACAGUUUGGCGGACCUACAAAAUAGGGACACUGUUGUAAGAAAUGGCCACCGUGAUCACCGGAGGGUGUGCUUUGCGCCUGAGGGUUCAGGAGAGGACGUGGAUUCAUGGAGAGAGAAUGACCUCAAGGCCCACCUUCUGCAGGAAAAGAGAAUGCUGGCGACCUCUGCAGAUGAAUUAGCCAGCGUCCUGAACAAUGACAGCAGUCCUUGUACGGUGGACAUACUGGAGGCAGAAAGGUCAUGGGAUAAUGUUCCCGUUGGUUUGAAAUCUCCUGUGCCUGUAUGCUGUGAAGAGAACUCUCCACAGUCCCCCAAAGCAAGUAUCGUUGAUGGAUUUUUAGAAGAUUGUCUACAGAACAGCAGUCAGGAGAGUACUUUUUCUGGGGGAAAUCAUCAUGGGCCCGUGGAAGCUCUGAAGCUGAUGCUGUUUAAUCUUCAAGCAUUUCAGCAAACCCUUAACCUGAAGAAGACCGCUGAACAAAAUGAAGAGUAUGAAAAAGCUUCCCAGGAGGACGUUGAUUUGAGGCAGUGCGAGAGCGAUAUAAUCCCUGUAACGAGGUCCCUUCAGAGAGCUUUACAUCAUUUAUCUCGACUUAAAGGUCUGGUCGAAGAUACGUGUGGCAAAGAGGAGUUGAAAAGAUCGUAGCGAGACACGAAGGAUAAA